AUGGCCGCGGCUCCUUCCGCAGGGACCCAGGCCCUGGUCUGCAAGAAGGGCUUCCUGACUCACGCGGCUGACGCGGAGGCCUUCCCCAUCUCCUGGACGGUCCGGCUCAAUGAGACCUGUGAGCCCGGGGAAGGCUGUCAGGAGACCCUGAUCCUCGUGCGGUCAGGCAACGAAAUCGCCGCGGUCAUAAGUCACGGCUGUACCCGGGCCCCAGCCCACGAAGGUCGGGACGUCCAGCACCGGGCGCCCCCCGGCGUGGCCAUCGCCUCCUACACCAAGGUUUGCCACUCGGACCUCUGCAAUGACCUCGACACCUCGUGCCCAGUCUGUUCGGCCUUUUACUCCUGCCCCUCCAAUGCUCCCCUGGUCACCUGCCCCUUGGGCACAACUCACUGCUACAGCGGAACCAUCCGGCUCUCUGGAGGAGGGCUCUCUCAUCCUCUGAGGGUUCAGGGCUGUGUUCCCCAUGAUGGCUGCCAGUUGCUCAAUGGGACAAAGGCAAUUGGACCCAUUGCUCUGACGGAGAGGUGUGAAAGUGAAGGGAGCCAGGUCAACAAGCGUGUCUUCAGUGUCUACAGUGUGCCCGGCACCAGGGCCCUGACCUGUUUCAAAGGGCACUUCUUUGACAUAAACGACAGAUCGGAUCUCCCCUUCUCCUGGACGGCUCGCGUCAACGUGACCUGUCAGAUAGGGGAAGGGUGUCAGGACACUCUGAUCCUGAUACAGUCCGGGGACAAAGUGACCACGGCCCUCACGAAAGGCUGCAAGAGAAGCCGGAGCCAGGAACCCCUGAAGACUCAGCACCAGGGCCCCCCCGGGAUAACCAUCACCUCCUACACCCACGUCUGCCACUCGGACCUCUGCAACAACCUCGGCUCCAACAUCCCCUUGUGGGACAACUCCGCUCUCGAAGACGUGCCAGGGCCGGGGGACCUGCGGUGCCCGGUCUGUAUAUCUGGGCAGCCUUGUCCUUCAAGCACUCCUCUGGUCACCUGCCCCUCGGGCACAAGUCACUGCUACAGUGGGACCUUCCAGCUCUUGGGAGGGGGGCUCGCCCACACUCUGAAUGUUCAGGGCUGUGUCUCCUGGGACGGCUGCCAGGUGCCCGGCGGGGCUGAAGUCAUCGGGUCUGUCCUCCUGAAGGAGACCUGCAAGAAUCCAGAGGCCCCAGGCCCCAGACCUCGUUCCCCUCCAGGGGCCUUGACUUGCUACGAGGGAACGAGUUUACAGAUGGGAGCAGAUCUGGCAAAGGAGCCCCAAGACCUGAGUACUGACAGCACCCUUACCUGUGGGGCCCGAGAGCUGUGCCAGGAGACUGUGCUGUUCAUAGAGUCAGGGUCCCAGGGCAUCAUCGUGAGCAGCAAGGGGUGCGCAGCGCCUGAGAGUAAGCCCUCCGAGACCACCAGGAUGGGGCCUCCGGGGAUGACCAUCUUCUCGUACUCCCGGCUCUGCUCCACCAGCCUGUGUAACGACAUCCGCAGCACAGCCUCCAUCCUGACGCCGGCUCCCACAGCCGCCCCUGGGCCUGGAGGUCUCCCGUGUCUAGCCUGCGUGAGCCUGGGAAGCUCCUGUUCAGCCUCUUCUGUUAUCACCUGCCCGGCGGGCACCUCCCGCUGUUACAAGGGCUACUUCCAGCUCCAUGGAGGAGGCAUCUCGAGUCCUCUGGCCAUCCAGGGCUGCGCCCCUGCCAACACCAGAGGCUGCCGGCUGCUCGGGAAUACCCGGGCUUUGGGGCCCAUUAGCGUGACGGAGGUCUGCCAAGGCGAUGAGGACUCGGAGCAGCAGAACGGGGUUUCUGGCGCCACCGUGCCGGCCUGGGGGGCGGGAGCCGGGCUGCUCCUGGCCCUGUGGGGGUGCCUCCCCCAACUCUGAUGGCCGCCGGCCCUUUGCUGACCCACGAAGCUCUCGAACCCUUGGCCCGUUUUCAGAUGAGCACAAACAGAAAAGGCCUCCCCGCUCCCCCCCGACCCCCACAUCUUGACUCUAGAAUGGGCUGGGCUGGGAGCGUGUGGACGUCUUCCCUGAGACUCGAGAAUAAAAGGCGCUUCGCCAA